AUGACCCCCAUCGCUUCGCCCGAGAUCACACAAACCGACGACCUCGUGGACCAUGACACACCACCAGCCACGCCUGUCUUACCGGUCACCAUCGUCUCGCGCGAGAAAGUGACGGAGCCACAGCAUCGUCAACUCCUGUCGCUCCCUCGCCAAGUAAAAGAAUGUACUAUCCAGCGCAUUCUCGUGACAGGUGGCGCUGGAUUCAUUGGCAUUCAUUUGUGUCGUAAAUUGCUGGAGGAAGGCCACGAGGUUAUCUGUCUUGAUAAUUUCUUUACAAGUCAACGUUCGAAUGUACUGGAGCUACAGACCGUCUACCCGAACUUUGAGUUUGUGCGUCACGACAUCACAGAGCCGUAUAUCUGUGAAGUGGACCAGAUUUACAAUUUAGCGUGUCCAGCGUCACCAGUUCAUUACCAGUACAAUCCCAUAAAGACUACCAAAGUGUCGUUCCUGGGUGCAAUUAACGUCCUUGGACUUGCCAAGCGCGUGAAAGCUCGCGUGUUCCAAGCUUCAACGAGUGAAGUUUAUGGCGAUCCGGAAGUUUCACCACAAGUGGAAUCGUAUCUAGGCAAUGUAGACUGCACUGGGGUAAGAGCGUGCUAUGAUGAAGGCAAGCGCGUGGCUGAGACGCUAUUUUUUGAGUACCACCGGACACUGGAUGUGGAUAUUCGAGUGGCACGUAUCUUUAAUACGUACGGUCCUGGGAUGCACCCCCAUGACGGACGUGUUGUGAGCAACUUUAUCAUGCAGGCUCUGCAGGACGAGGACAUUACAAUUUAUGGUUCAGGCAAUCAAACGCGCUCAUUUUGUUUUGUGGAUGACUUGGUGGAAGCUAUCGUCCGCUUUAUGAGCUGCACCACGUGUGUGGGGCCUAUGAACUUGGGCAACCCGCACGAUAUGACUAUUCGUCAACUUGCCGAAAUGAUCAUUCGUCUUACAAAUUCUAGGAGCCGAUUGGUGUUCCGAGAUCUCCCGAACAACGAUCCCAAGCUGCGCAAACCUGAUAUUACCCUUGCCAAAACGCAUUUAGAUUGGACUCCUCAUGUGUGCAUCGAAGAAGGGCUCAAGCGCACUAUCGCAUAUUUUCAGAACUUGGACCUAUCCACGCACAAGCCGCCAACUAACAACACAGCGCAUCGAAAGAGUGAAAUGGCGAACCAGACUCAUGCAGCUCUUCGCUAG